ACCGCUGUUGCCCCAGCUGAUUUGCCAAAUCUUUUACGAAAGCAGUGAAGGUACCUGUAUUUCGAGAUAGACUCCAUUCCAAAUUUAAAACUAGUUGAGACUUUAACAUGGCCACAAACGCUCCACUUAUAAUGCGAAUAAUGGCGCUGUCCAUCAACACUGCAAAACGCGCCGGCAUCAUCAUACGCGAUGUUCUGAAGCAGGGCGAUUUGGGCAUCGUGGACAAGGGAAAAAAUGAUCCGCAAACUGAGGCGGACCGUUCUGCUCAGCGGUGCAUCAUUGCGUCGCUAACGAAGAAAUUUCCCAGCAUUAAAAUUAUUGGCGAAGAGGGCGGCUCCGACUUGAAUGUAUGCGAUGAUUGGCUGGUCGGUGAACAGGACGAAGCAUUCCUGAAGCAAAACUGCCCGGCGGCAUGGCAAGAUGCCAAGCCGGAGGACUUUGUCAUAUGGGUCGAUCCCUUAGAUGGCACUGCGGAGUAUACACAAGGCUAUGUGGAACAUGUUACUGUGCUCAUUGGCAUAGCUAUUAAAAACUCGGCUGUGGGUGGCAUUAUUCAUCAGCCCUUUUACAAGCAAUCCAGCGGAGAGCUAGGCCGCACAAUUUGGGGUCUUAAAGGGCUUGGUACUGGAGGAUUCACUCCUGUGAAACCGCCAGCGGGUGAAUUCAUCAUCACAACGACUCGUUCACAUUCCAAUGCGCUGCAUCAAAAAGCAGUGGAUGUCUUCAAUGCCAGCAAAGUGCUUAAGGUAGGCGGCGCUGGCUUUAAGGUGCUACAACUGCUUGAGGGAAAGGCGCAUGUUUAUGUAUUUGCUACGCCAGGAUGCAAAAAAUGGGACACUUGCGCACCGGAGGCGGUGUUGGAGGCAAAUGGCGGCACCCUGACUAAUAUCAAUGGCGAACAUUAUGAAUAUCAUGCAGAUGUGGAGCACGUGAAUAGCAGGGGUGUGCUCGCCAGCGUCGGGAAUAAUCACAAAGAGCUAGUGGAGAAGAUUCCUCUUGAAGUGCGGCAGGCCGUGGGAGCCAUGUAAACAAACAAUCCACAACUAA